CCCGCGGGCGCGCAUCUGCUCCGCUCCGCUCUCCCGGGAGAUCCGCGGACACACCUCCCGCUGGGACCGUGCCGAGCCGGGCCGAGCCGAGCCGGGCCGGGCCAUGGCCCCGCCGGGUCCCGGGGCGCUGCGCUGCGCGCUCCUGUGCGCGCUGCUCUGCGCGCAGGGACCCGCUCCCACCCGCGCAGGAGACUGUGGCAAGCUGAGGUCCUGCGAGGUGUGCACAGCCAGCAGCCACCCCCACAACGGCACCGACUGCGUCUGGGUGGGCUGCGGGACCCCCGAGGAGCCAGGAGCGGGGAGCUGCGUGCAGAGGGGCUCGGCGGUGCGGGAGACCUGCACACUCUACAACAGCAGCACCCCGUGCCGAGCACUGAAGUCUCACACGGAAGAGCCUCCACGAUCCCAUAGCAAGGAGCCAGUGACACACUCCACAAGGACCACCACCACCAGUGCCCCGCUGACGGGCAGCCCCGAGUUCCGCCCGCCCGGCUUCGACACGGCGAGUUUCAUCGGGGGCAUCGUGCUGGUGCUGUGCGUCCAGGCCGUCGCCUUCUUCCUCAUCAAGUUCAUCAAGUCAAAGGACAGCACCUACCAAACGCUGAUCUGAGGUCCAGGCUGGGGGGCCGUGUCCCCGUCCUCCCCAGGUGAAGAGGCCACUGCUGGUGUCCCCCUGCCCGCGGCCGGACUGUCCCCGCUGCACGGCCCCAGCACUGCACAAAGCCGGGCACGGGGGGACCCCCGGCCCGGGGAUGCUCCGGGCUUUGUGCCCUCCGGGGCUUUGUGCCCUCGGCUGCUGCCAGGGCUGCAGCUGGCAUGGGGGGCCCAUCCCACCGGAAUUCCACCCUCGGCCCCCACCCUGGGCUCGCCCAGGGCACCAGGGCAUCCAGGAAUUGGAGGACACGUGGCCAUGGGUGGCCGUGGGGGACCCUUUGCUGGCCCCAGCCCCACACCGGGCAGAGCCCGAGCUGGAAUGGGGGGGCAGAAACCAAUAAAGGAUUUUCCUGUAA